AUGUCCAGUUGUGAAGAGAAAAAGGCACCACCAAAAACUGAAACAGAAUCCGCGCUAAAGUUGGAUAGCAAGGUAGAUGAGGUAUUGAUACAUAAUGAAAGGGCCAUUGAAAAGGAAUUUAUUCCCCCCGACGGGGGCUGGGGUUGGGUAGUUUGUGUUACAUCCCUCUUGACAAAUGGUACUACUUUCAGCAUGCUCAACACUUUUGGCAUAAUAUACGUGUAUUUAAUCAAGGAAUAUGCCAAGGGAGAUCAUUCAGUUGCUUUCAAAACAUCAUGGGUAGGAUCAUUCUGUAUAGGUUUAACAUUUUUGAUGAGCACUUUUGCCGGUAUAUGCAAUGACCACAUAGGAAUCCGACCAACAGCAUUUUUUGGAGCUUGCUUAGGGGCGAUUGGUCUCUUCGCUAGUGCUUUUGUCAUUCAACUAGAGCUCCUAUACUUAACAUAUGGUCUCUUACUCGGGAUUGGUGGAGGUUUUAUUUAUUCUACCUCUUUGGUCAUUCUUGGACACUACUUUGAAAAGCAUAUCGGUAUUGUGAAUGGGAUCGUGACUUUUGGAAGUUCAGUCUACACAAUAGUUUUAUCUGUUAUUCUUCCAAUUGUUCUGGAAUCCUUUGGAAUCAAAUAUACUUUCCUUUUCCUUGGAGGGUUGUAUUGUAUUCUUCUACCAUGUAGUCUGACUUGGAAGCCAUUGUUUCAAAGGCAGACUGACAUUUCUCGUGUAGAUGCAUCUUUGAACAAAAGAGAGCAACAAGGGGAUGAAUGUUGCAAUUGGGCAAAGAAGUGCUUGAAUUUGAACAUUUUUAAAAACCGUGCAUAUCUUACCUGGUUUUUGGGAUUCGGCAUAGCUUUAUUUGGAUACUUUGUACCCUUUGUACAUCUAGUUAAACAUACUCAAGAAGCCUUUCCCAAAUCCAAUGCAUUUAUUUUGAUCACUUGCAUGCAAGUUACUUCGGGUAUUGGAAGAUUAGUGUUUGGAAAAAUAGCUGACUUGAAAUUUGUAAAUCGAAUUUAUAUGCAACAAUGUGCAUUCGUAGUGACAGGCUUCGUAACUGCAUGUAUUCCAUUCAGUGCCAGUUUUGAAGGACUAGUGGCUAUUUGUCUCAUUAUGGGCAUUUGUGACGGAAUAAGUGUAUGUUUAUUAGGUCCUAUUGCCUUUGACCUUGUUGGUCCUCAGAAUGCUUCACAGGCUAUUGGAUUCAUGUUAGGUGGAUUUUCUAUUCCGUUUACCGUUGGCCCUCCUAUUGCAGGUUUGCUCUACGAUCAUCUACAUACAUAUGACAUAGCAUUUGUUACUGCCGGUGCCCCUCCCAUAAUUGGUGCGAUUGUUAUGUGUUUUAUACCCCAAAAGGCAAGACCGGAAGCAAAAGAAACCCACGCAUUUUCUUCUAUUUCAAUGGAAGAUGUUUAUCAAACGAAUACAGAUAAAUCAGAAUUGGAACUAAAAGUCGCAGUGUCCGAUCAGAUGAGAGAAGAAUUGCAUGAAGAGGAAAAGAAGCUUUUAAAUUCAUCAAACAAUGACUUCAUAUCAAGAAGAAAAGGUUCUAGAGGCUCUACUGAAAAUAUAGACAACACAUCAAGACAGAAUUCUGAGCUAUGUUUAAAGAAUGGAUUGACACCUUAAUGGGAGUUAAUGGAAAUUGAAA